GUUCUCGGGCCGCGAGUCAGGGCAGGCGCUCCUCAAGUCGGCUCGGCGUCUCCGCCGCCCGCCCGCUCGGAGCCGCGCCCGCCGCAGGCUGCGCCCGCCCGCCCCGCCCCGCCCCGCCCCGCCCCCCGCCGCUCGUCCCCGCCGCGGCCGCGCCGCCUGCAGCAGCAGCAGCAGCAGCAGCAGCUGCUCCUCCCCGGCGGCCGCCCCCCGCGGGUCCCUCCCUGGCUGCGGGAGAGACAGAGGUAGAGGGAGGACACAGCGCCGCGCCGCCCGCACCGGAGACCUUCGCCUCGCCCUGCUGGCUCCUCACCCUCUGGGAGGAACAUGGAUAAUCUCAGUGAUACCUUGAAGAAGUUGAAGAUAACAGCUGUUGACAGAACUGAGGAUAGUUUAGAAGGAUGCUUGGAUUGUCUGCUUCAAGCCCUGGCCCAAAAUAAUAUGGAAACAAGUGAAAAAAUCCAAGGAAGUGGAAUACUUCAGCUGUUUGCAAGUCUUUUGAUUCCACAGUCUUCCUGCACAGCCAAAGUAGCUAACAUCAUAGCAGAAGUAGCCAAAAAUGAAUUUAUGCGUAUUCCAUGUGUGGAUGCUGGAUUGAUUUCACCACUGGUGCAGCUGCUAAAUAGCAAAGACCAGGAAGUGCUACUUCAAACGGGCAGGGCUCUAGGAAACAUAUGUUACGAUAGCCAUGAGGGCAGAAGUGCAGUUGACCAAGCAGGUGGUGCACAGAUUGUAAUUGACCAUUUAAGGUCACUGUGCAGUAUAACAGAUCCCGCCAAUGAGAAGCUCUUGACUGUCUUUUGUGGCAUGCUGAUGAACUAUAGCAAUGAGAAUGAUUCCCUUCAAGCUCAGCUUAUCAAUAUGGGUGUUAUACCUACCUUAGUGAAAUUACUGGGCAUCCAUUGCCAAAAUGCAGCUCUUACAGAAAUGUGUCUUGUUGCAUUUGGCAACUUAGCAGAACUUGAGUCAAGUAAAGAACAGUUUGCCAGUACAAACAUUGCUGAAGAACUGGUAAAACUCUUCAAGAAACAAAUAGAACAUGAUAAAAGGGAAAUGAUUUUUGAAGUUCUUGCUCCAUUGGCAGAAAAUGAUGCUAUUAAACUACAGCUGGUGGAAGCAGGGCUGGUAGAAUGUCUACUAGAGAUUGUUCAGGAGAAAGUGGAUAGUGAAAAAGAGGAUGAUAUUGCUGAGCUCAAAACUGCUUCAGAUCUAAUGGUUUUAUUACUUCUUGGAGAUGAAUCCAUGCAGAAAUUAUUUGAAGGAGGAAAAGGUAAUGUGUUUCAAAGGGUGCUGUCCUGGAUUCCAUCAAAUAACCACCAGCUACAGCUUGCUGGAGCACUGGCCAUUGCAAAUUUUGCCAGAAAUGAUGGAAAUUGUAUCCAUAUGGUAGACAAUGGAAUUGUAGAAAAACUUAUGGAUUUACUGGACAGACAUGUAGAAGAUGGAAAUGUAACUGUGCAGCAUGCAGCAUUAAGUGCCCUCAGAAAUCUGGCCAUUCCAGUUGUAAAUAAAGCAAAGAUGUUAUCAGCUGGAGUCACCGAGGCAGUUUUGAAAUUCCUUAAGUCCGAAAUGCCCCCAGUUCAGUUCAAACUUCUGGGAACGUUGAGAAUGUUAAUAGAUGCCCAAGAAGCUGCUGAACAACUGGGAAAGAAUGUUAAAUUAGUGGAGCGUUUGGUGGAAUGGUGUGAAGCCAAAGAUCAUGCUGGUGUGAUGGGGGAGUCAAACAGACUGCUGUCUGCCCUCAUACGACACAGUAAAUCAAAAGAUGUAAUUAAAACCAUUGUACAGAGUGGUGGCAUCAAGCAUCUAGUUACCAUGGCAACUAGUGAACAUGUAAUAAUGCAGAAUGAAGCCCUUGUUGCUUUGGCACUAAUAGCAGCUUUAGAAUUGGGCACUGCUGAGAAAGAUCUAGAAAGUGCUAAACUUGUACAGAUUUUACACAGACUGCUAGCAGAUGAGAGAAGUGCUCCUGAAAUCAAAUACAAUUCCAUGGUCCUGAUUUGUGCUCUCAUGGGAUCUGAAUCUCUACACAAGGAAGUACAGGAUUUGGCCUUUCUAGAUGUUGUAUCCAAACUUCGCAGUCAUGAGAACAAAAGUGUUGCCCAACAGGCCUCUCUCACAGAGCAGAGACUUACUGUGGAAAGCUGAGAACCGCCCUUCCCUGACACACAGCAUCAUCCCACCUCUGAUUUCCCUUGUCCUCCCAUCCAGCUGCCUCUUCUGCUUCAUUUUCUUCCAUAUCACUUGUGCAUGCGUGUAAUGUUCCCGUACAAAUUGAAGAACUGCUGUAGGUACCUGCCCAAUAAGAUUUCUAAACCCAUAGUUAGUGUGAACAUGAAUUUGUCAAAAACAAGUCUCCACCCCAUAACUGUUCUCUUGUAUUCCUGUUGCUUGAGCUACAUUAAGUAGAAUGUGCAUGUUGUAGUCCUAUGAUGAUGUAAACUUGGUACUACAUAAUGACUUGCUCCUCACACUUGGUAAACUACAUAAUAAUGUACUGGUAAAUUAGAAACAAACAAGAAUGCAGCAGGAUCUGUCUAGCUUAUUAAAGAUGGAAUUGAAUAGUAAAAAUAGCUCCAUUUUUGGUGCUUGGGAAGCACAGUGACCAAAAAACUGUAUGGCUGCUCAUUCAUUAGUCUUACUUACUAAUGUCAAACCAUGGUACCUAGAGUUAAAUAAAAUCCAAUGCUCUCACUCUUUACCCUAUGGUUUCUCCUUCUUCUUAACUAUGUAGACUCUUGAAAUUGCCACAAACUUGGCAAGACUUCCCUGAGGUUUUUAAAUUUCAUAUUUAAUUGGCUAUCAUCAGUAGCCUGAUAUUGAAAACAUUUGUGGUUUUCAGCAUGAAACUAAGGGGCUGAAGAAUCUAUUUUACACUAAGUACAUCUUUUUUUUUUUCUCUAUAUUUUAGAAUCUGAUAUAGUGUGACCUCAGCACUUCUUCUAUCAAUUAAUCAGCGUCGUCCAACACUUGUCUUUAAAAGUCACUUGGCAUUUGUUUUCACCUAAGGAAAUUGAGUAUAGUUCAUCGGAGGGUAGUUCUUUUGGGGGGUUUUUUGGUUUUUCUUGGCUGUUUUUCAUCAUUCAGCUUGAAAGCAAAACAUUUCCCCUGUUAUAAUCCUUUUAAACCUUCUAGUAGAACUAGCAGGACAUAGGAAACAUGAUUAAGAAAAUAGAAGUAGCAGUACAUAGAAUAAAAGAUUAAGAAAGAAGUUUGUCUAUACUAAAGAAAGGAAGCAGGUUAUAAAAGCCAUAGUAGCCAGUCCAGUUCAUUCUGCAGAUGGCCUCAUACCAAGUAGCUGUUAGAGUGUCCCACCUCCAUUUGCCACAGAGAACUGCAAUAGAUCUUAAAGCUAUCAGAAAAGGUGACAACGCCAAGACCCAAGAGAUGAGAAGACCCUCUUGGCGAAAUAUAGUGUAUUCUUCACUGCCACUACUACCACCAAAUGGGUUUUUAGAACUUUGAAACACAAUCUUUGUAAAUCAAAAGAUCCUUGUGACAUACCUGUCUUGUCCCCAUGCACAAGUUUGACAAAUACUGGCUGAAAGGUACGAUGAUGGGCUCCAAUAUGGAAGGACUGCAGGACAGUAGAAUGGGCUGCCCAGGGUGACAGAAGCUCUUUCCUGUCCAAUGGGAGAUGCUGCACAUAUCUAUGGAGUGAUUGAAGUUGGACUUUUGACUCAGAAACAGCUAUAAUUCAAGAAAAUUAAAACCUCAGUGGAGGUAAAGAAACUUUGUUGCCUUUGAUGUCCAGAAAAGGAACGAUUAUUGUGAGUGCUUAUGCUACACUUACUGUAAGAAUGAUCUUGUUUAUUGUCUUCUUCUGGGCUGGAUAGUGGACUAUAUUUUAUUAUAGGUUUUGAAAAACAUCUGUAAUGUUGAAUAGGCUAUCCAUAUUAAUAACUAAAUAAAUAGUAUAUCAAACUA